AUGAGGACUCAAAUAGUGAUUACAGUUGCCAUACUGUGUGUCACGUGUGUAUUAUGCCAGGAAUCCACAGUGGCAGAAUGUGAUCCUCCAUGCAAGGCUGGGACAGAGACAUGUGUCCGACUGUCCAGAUGCAAAGGGAAGAAAUGUAACAUGUGUGCGGAGACACCUAGUAUACAGCCUGCCAAACCCACAGGUAUACAACUUCCCGGAAUCGGAGGAUUACAAAAACAGCAACUGCAAAUGUUGCUGCAAGCAAAGAUGUUACAGCAACAACAGGGUAAAGCCACUGCAGCAACAGAUACGGUUUUUACGGAGACUGUGACGCAGCCUCCUGUUGACUGGACGGCCAUGUUUAGCGGAAAUGCAGCAAACACCGGAAAUACGGGUUCAAAUUCUUUCACUGUGAACGAUUACUUUUUAUCGGGAUAUCUUUUUGACGGAUUUGGCAUGGGAUUUAUGGCUUAAAGAAAGAAAACCAAACAUUGAUAUCUGCAUCAGCUCUCUCAU